AGAUGAGUUAAUGAAACACUCACCCUCUUUUCAGGUGAAUUUGUAUCAAAACAGGAAAAGAGGCUCGAGUUUAAUGAAAGGUUGGCGAAUUACUUUGAAGACCGUCACUUCGAGGUCACAAAGAAUAGGUCAAUAUGAUCUGUUAAUAUCGACGUCUGUUACUUACUUGAAGCCAGCUGCGAUGUAUUGAUGAAAAUCAUAAUACUCUUAUGAUGAAAAUUUUAUGUUAAGAGAAACAUAUUUCUGAGCAGGCGUUACUUCAAUGAAAACAAUCUUUUACGGUAUGACUAACAGACACCUUUGAAUUCAUUUUCCAUUCAUUCAGGCUCGCCGCUCUCGCAAACCGCUGCUGUCAACAUUACAUGGCAUUAAGUAUGAUUGUUUAUGUGAAACAAUAAGUACGAAAUCGCAGAGAAGACGUCAAGACUUGUAGAGUCCUGGAAUUUUUGGGGAAUUUGUGUGGGUAUGAGUAUCUCCAAGCAAAUUAAGACAGUUAAGGGUUGGAUGUCAAAAAGUAGUCAGUCGCUGACAGAUACUGGAUAUCAUGUUACUCUUGACUCGAGUCUAAGAGUUUAUCGUGAUAAUCGUAUACGGAAUCCGAAUACGAUUCAAACUUUUUAUAGGUCAGAUUCAUCGCCCGAGAUGAAUAGAUUGAAUGAGAAGCCAGAUCAAUCUGAUGCGCUGAACGAAGCUAAAUUUAAACUAGGUAUACACGAACUGAAAAAUUUUAAAGAAAGCAAUUGCAUUUUAGCGAAAAACAAAACAAACUCGCUUGCAUCGGAAGUUUCUUGGUGUCAUUUGUGCGCGGCGAAUAAGAAACAAUGGAAAAACGGAUCUCCAUAUGAAAACUUUUUUGAUGCGACUAACGAGGACAUUCCAGUUUACGAGGGAUUUUUCUAUGGAAGCAAGCACACCAACUAUUACAGCAUCGAUGAUGUUAUUGGAUUAAUAAUUUUGAGUCUUAAGGUGGAAAUAUUUCAUGGAGAAGAGUACAUCAGAAUCUUAGCAAGAAGUUCAUUGGUCAGUCUUCAUGUAGUAACCUUGCCAUCUCUGCUCGGUGUUUAUGAACAUUACUCUGAUCCGUUCAGUUGGAUCGAAAGUCUGACACAUCUUAUGAAACUAAGUACUCCACUUCAGGUGAUCAGCCAUCAUACAAAUGGCCAAGCGCUGGUGAAACUAGAACGGGUGUUUGUGAAAUCUGACUUUAAAAUUGGCGUUUUGUACGUGAAGGAAGGACAACAAAGCGAAGAGGAGAUUUUUUCGAACACGUCCCAUUCUUCGAACUUUGAAAGUUUCUUGAACAUUCUCGGCGAACACGUGAAAUUGCACGAGUUUCAAGGAUAUUCAGGAGGCCUCGACACGUCUCCAACAUGUCUCAAUGGAGAAGAAUCGAUAUAUACACAAUAUCGAAUGAACGAUAUUAUGUUCCAUGUGUCAACAUUAAUGCCAAAUACGGGAGAAGAUAAUAAGUUUCUUGGAAAGAAAAGGCAUAUUGGAAACGACGUUCUUUGUGUGGUUUUCUCUGAUACACCAGAAACAUCGUUUUCACCAUUGUGGAUAAAGUCCCAAUUCAUUUAUUCCUACAUAAUCGUCCAAGUUCAGCCUGCAAGUCCAGGCAAAGAACGAAACAAAGAAUUUCGAUUGAAAUUCAAGGUUUCGGUUAUUUGUCGACAAGAGGUUCCAUGGUUUGGACCAGAGUUAAUCGAUGGGGGAGAAUUCGAACAUGGUAAAGAAUUUCGUGAUUGGCUUUUGCAAAAAAUCAUCAACGGUGACAGAGCCUGCUAUAAUGCACCAAAGUUCGCCACCGUACAGGAAAGAACGCGAUCUCAGAUUAUGCAAUCAAUUUUGGACAAUGAGAUGAUGAACGAUGAAAGGAUUGUGCAUUCGUCUUCUUUGCCGUCUUCUGCAAGUAAUAGUUUAGAAAGUUUAGGACGAUCAGUGUCUGAUGAUUCUCUGUACAAUAUGGAUGAAACAAGUCAAAAGUUAAAGUAUUUCGUUGGCUCACAAGCAGAUGGGAUUAAUGCUGGUGAUGUAGCUUUUCUUGCAGGUAAAACUUACAAGAAACGGGUGUAUGGAAAUAGGUCUGUCUUGUGUCGUAAAAGCAGAGUGUUCCGUGACAUGUUGAUAAACUUUACUCAUCCUGGAGAUGUUGUUACCAACCUAGAAGUGAAUGCAAACUCUAAAGGGAAAAGCCUCACGAGACUUGCAAUGAAGAAAGCAAAAAUGCGCGUCGUAAAGCAGAGUAGUCAUAAGAAGGGAAAAUUUUCUAUAGAAUCUUCAUUACAAACAUCACCGAAAAAUGAAGAGUUUGUGACGACAACUUCCUUCAAGAAGGGCGGGAAAACAUACGAAAUUUCUAACGAUAGUAUUGGAAGAACCAGAGAGUUUGUAAUGAACGAGUUCGAAGCGGACAUAUUCAGCGGAGUGAUGGAAUAUAUUCACAACGAUAAUUGUACUAUAACCUACAGUACAUUACCUGGGCUUCUUUGUGCUGCAACGUAUUAUGAACUACCUGAACUUAGAUUAAGUUGCCUCAACAGGAUUUAUGACGUUGUAUCUGCCACAACGGUAUGUCAAAUGUUGAACAUUGUAGAAGAAUACUUAUUUUUCAAAGAUGGCCGAGAGCUGCAAGAAAAGUUAGUUCAGUUCUUCUUGAAAAACGUGGAAGAAAUAUCAAAAUGUGCCGAUAAUUUCGUCGUAUUGAACAAAAACAGAAUUUCCCUUGUUUUGUCGCAAAAUUGGAAGUUUUAUAGUAAGUUGAAAGGCAAAAUUCUCAGUGAUUGGGCAAGAUUUAAAGAUCCAGUAGAUUGGAGGAACUUGGCUCAAUCGGUCAUUUCUUCUUGUCAUCAAGUUGAUGAAGUAAUACUGGAAGAUUUUCAAAUUUAAAGCCGGACGAUUUCCCAAACCUAACGAGCAAUUGUACGUUAUGAUACAAGAUUCGCCAUAUCACCAUCGUGCGUACAAGAACCUUCGCUUAAACCUCUUCAAAAAUUGUAAAAAUUGUAAAAAUUAUUUCGGAAUUGAACAUUUUGAAUUACGAAUCGAAUAUGCUGCAAAAUUAAUCUUUUGGUUAAUCCUUAAGUUUGACAGUAAAUAUUACGAAAAGAAGAAAGGUCACCUAGGUAUUAAUCAUUGCAUGUACAAUGUAAUCAUUUCAGAAAAUAUUGUCUGAAGAAAUUUAUAGUUAAUACCUCCCAAGAGAUAAUGAAUAUAAAUUGUUUGUACAUACAAACCUUAAUUAUUUUAUUUAUUUUUUCUAUUUAAAAAACAACGCUGUAUUUUUCAGAGAUUUCCCAAUAAAAAACGACUUCUUUUCUUGUAA